AUGGUUGUUCAUUGUUCUCCUGAUGAUGGACUCAUGAACAUUAACAUCAGCCACUUUCUGUUCUCUUUGCGACUUGUUUAUUUCAUCACUGAGAUUGAGGAAAUGGUAGGAAUGGCUCACGCUGUGGCAGAGGGAAUUCCCAAACUGCACAUCGAGGAAUGUGCUGCUCGCAGACAAGCGCGUCUCACUGUAGGCUCCGAGGUCAUCAUGGGGGUCAACAAGUACCGCCUGGAGAAGGAAGAAACUGUCGACAUGCUCGCUAUCGACAGACUGAAAAGCUGCACAAGGUUAAGAGAACAUGAGAAGAUGAAUCUUUAUAAAGUCAGAGAGAGCAGGGAUGCAGAGGCGGCGAACAGGUGUUUGGCUGCGAUUGAACAGUGUGCACGUAGCAGAGAUGGAAACCUGCUGGAGCUCGCCGUGGAGGCUGUGAGAGCCCGUGGGUGCUCGGUGGGAGAGAUCACAGAUGCCAUGAAAUCUGUUUUCAGGGAGCACAAGGCCAGCACGAGCAUGGUGAGCGGAGCGUACCGCAGUGAAUUCAGCAAGCGUGAGGAGAUUACACCAUCGCAUAAGCACAACCUGAUUUUACCAACACACCAGGCAGCUGGACACAAGACCCUCGUGCCUGAACUCAUCAAAGAGCUGUGUAACCUCAGCCUGCCUGAUAUCACGGUGAUCUGCGGAUGGGUCAUACCGCCACAGUUUGCAGGUGUUUACCAGCCGGAGUGA